AUGGCAGACCUCUAUGCGCUUCUCGGGCUAAGCCCCAAAGCGGCCGUGGGUGCUUCUGACCUCCGCAGCGCUUAUCGUCGCAGUGCCUUGCAAGCGCACCCGGACAAAGGAGGAAGUGAGGAGCAGUUCCAUGCUGUCUUGACUGCCUUUGAGGUUCUCUCGUGCAGGACCUCCCGGGAAGCCUAUGAUGCGGCCAGAGCCCGUGGGGCUUCGGCCGAAGCAGCCUUGGCAGUGGCCACAGGACGUGCAGAGCCAAAGAGCAGAACUGGAGAAGCCGCAGGACGUGGCACCGCGUCCAGCCGUGGAGCGACGGUGGCGCUCGAGCGGCUUCGACAAGUCUUGUCCAAGAUGAGCCGUGAGAAGCGGCAGGAGGCGCUGCAGCAAUUGCCUGCAGAGGUGCAAGCGGCGCUGGUGUCCUUCAUGGAGACCUCAAAAGCUGAACCGCCGGCCCGCGCGCCGAAGCCUCGAGCUGCUCGAGCUCCAGCUCUGGUGGACGAGGUGAGUGGAGCGACAGGUUGUGCAGCAGGCCGUGCAGGCACACGCAGUAUUGGACGCGGUAUAUUGCGACAAGCAACGUCUCCUCCAUCUUACAAAGCCUCCGUCUUUCUGCGCUCCAUGUUUGUGGCAUCAAGACCAAGCCCGUCUUUGGAGCAUAUCUUGCAGCUUCACUCGGCGCUGCUCCGCGCGCGGGAGCUGCUAGAGACGUGCGACGUCAACAGCCAUCGCUUUCGCGAGGCCUUCGAAGAGGCUUGUCGUGAAGCUGAGUUGGAUGCAGCCAAAGCGCUGCAAAUGUUGACCUUCACAGCGAUUAUCCCGGCAUACUACGAGGUGAACCGGCAAAUCAAGGGGCGACAAACCGCUGAUCUCGAUGCAGCCUUUGCAUUGCGUGAGCGGCUACUGGAGGCCCGCGCCACAGGCUGGCCAGCCUUGAGAGAGGAGUGGAUAGCCAUCAUGCAAAGCCCGCCGGAGGCGGGAACUGGACAUAAAGCUGCCACAGCCGAGGAAGCGGCCCGGAUUGCAGAUGCUGCUUGGGAAGCUGGAAUCCCUCAAAGAGCCAAGAUGGAGGCACGCCGCGCAGCCAGGCCUCCCAAGCGGAAGAGCGGAGAGGACUCUGCAGAAGUCACGCUCGAAGAAGCUGCUGCUGCUGUGAGCAAGGUCUUGAAGGCGUUCGUGGCGUUGGUGCCGCUGUCAACACGUCGCGGUGGGGUUCCCGCGGAGGUUCCCAAGCUCGCCCGGUGGAAGAACGUGAUGUCGGAGGAGUCCAAGGGUGAACGGCCUUUCCGUGCCAAGUGGAAUCGAAGAAUUUGGGGAUGA